AUGUAUUGUUACAAAAUUGUGCAGCCUUAUUUGCCUAGCGAGACACCGUCCGGUCUAAGAACAUUAAGAGAGAAAGAGUUGGAGAAUCUAAGAGGCAAUGGCAAAGGAGAAAGGAAAUUAUCAGACAGAAUCUACGACUUUGAUGUCUACAACGACAUAGGAAAUCCCGACAUAUCUCCCGAACUAGCCCGUCCGACAUUCGGCGGUCGAGAUUUUCCUUACCCUAGACGUUGUCGAACUGGCCGGUCAUCGACAGACACCGAUAUGAUGUCCGAGAGACGUGUGGAGAAGCCAUUACCGAUGUACGUACCACGGGACGAGCAGUUCGAGGAGUCUAAGCAGAACACUUUUGCUGCUUGUAGGCUUAAGGCGGUUUUGCAUAACCUCAUACCUUCGUUAAAAGCCAGCAUUUUGGCUGAGGACUUUGCUAAUUUUGGUGAGAUUGAUAGUCUUUACAAAGAAGGCUUGCUUCUCAAGUUAGGGAUACAAGAUGAUAUGUUCAAGAAGUUCCCUUUGCCUAAGAUCGUCACUUCCCUCCAAAAAUCUAGCGAAGGGUUACUCAGAUACGAUACUCCCAAAAUAGUUUCAAAGGAUAAAUACGCAUGGCUUCGUGAUGACGAGUUCGCACGCCAAGCUAUAGCUGGGAUAAACCCGGUCAACAUAGAACGAGUCACAACUUAUCCACCGGUCAGCAAUCUUGACCCCAAGAUCUACGGUUCACAUCUUGACUCUGCUCUCACCGAAGACCACAUCAUCGGUCACCUUGACGGCUUGUCCGUACAACAAGCGUUAGGGACGAACCGGUUGUUUAUGGUGGACUACCAUGACAUAUACUUACCGUUUCUUGAUCGAAUCAAUGCACUGGAUGGACGCAAGGCUUACGCGACUCGAACCAUAUUUUUCUUGACUCGACUCGGUACACUCAAGCCUAUAGCCAUCGAGCUAAGCCUCCCUCCUCAAUCAGACUCAAGCCACAAGUCCAAGCGCGUGGUCACACCUCCUGUAGACGCAACCUCCAACUGGACAUGGCAGCUAGCUAAGGCCCACGUUGGGUCAAAUGACGCUGGCGUCCAGCAGCUUGUGAACCACUGGCUACGUACCCACGCGUGUUUGGAGCCGUUUAUAUUGGCUGCUCAUAGACAGUUGAGCGCGUUGCAUCCGAUAUACAAAUUGUUGGACCCUCACAUGAGGUACACCUUGGAGAUCAAUGCCGUGGCACGACAGACUUUGAUUAGUGCGGAUGGUGUGAUCGAGUCUUGCUUCACCGCUGGUCAAUACGGUUUGGAGAUUAGUUCCGCUGCGUAUAAGAAUCAUUGGCGGUUCGAUAUGGAAGGCCUUCCUGCUGAUCUCAUCCGAAGGGGAAUGGCUGUUCCUGACCCAACACAACCACGUGGACUUAAACUAAUUGUCGAAGACUAUCCAUACGCCAAUGAUGGUCUAUUAUUGUGGUCGGCGAUCCAAACCUGGGUCCGAACCUACGUGGAGCGUUAUUAUCCUAUCGCGAACAUAAUCCGAACCGACACCAAGCUCCAAGCAUGGUACUUGAAAACAAGAUUUUUAGGUGUUUCAAACCCUUAA